GAAACCUGGGAGUCAAACAGGAAGCUGCUCUCUUACUCGCUUGGCCUUUCUAGAAAUUUCCACGUUUCCCCCCAGCACCGCCUCCACUUCCAGAAAACCAACCGCGGAAGUCGUCCAAAGAUAGAAACGAAGGCAAAAUCCCCCACUUCCCGGAAAACAACUCAACUCACAUCCUUUUUAUCCCUUCUUCGAAGAUCUACGCAUUUCCAAACCCUUCUUUAAUGGUUGUUGGCCGCUGAUUCCUAGGGUUUUGGGAUUGGGGCCAGAUGGACGGGUCUCAUGGAACCUCAGCCUCGACUUCUCCAGCGCCGUUCCUCACUAAGACCUACGAUAUGGUCGAUGAUCCGGCGUCGGACGCUAUCGUCUCGUGGAGCCCGUCGAGUAGCAGCUUCGUCGUUUGGAAGCCGCUCGAAUUCGCCCGUGACCUUCUCCCUAAGUACUUCAAGCACAACAACUUCUCCAGCUUUGUUCGUCAGUUGAAUACUUAUGGCUUCAGAAAAGCUGAUCCUGAUCAAUGGGAGUUUGCAAAUGAGGAGUUUGUAAGAGGACAGAGGCACCUCUUAAAGAAUAUUCACAGACGCAAGCCAAUCCAUAGCCGUUCUUUGCCCCAGAGUACAUUCGGGCAUUUGACAGAUGCUGAAAAGCAAGAUCUUGAGGAGGAGAUUGAGCGGCUAAAACAUGAUAAGGGCAUCCUCAUUUUUGAGCUUCAGAAAUACACCCAAGAGCAGCAUGGCAUGGAAAGGCAUAUGCAAAAUUUAGAGGAGAGGUUGCAUACAGUGGAGCAGCGUCAGAGACAUUUGAUAUCUUUCUUAAGUAAAACUGUACAGGGGCCUGGUUUUCUGCCUGAUAGCUUCUAUCAGUCUGAUAUCCAUCACAAGAAGAGAAGAUCACCUAAAUUUGACUAUUUCCUUGAGGAUAGCAUCGCAGAAGAGAAUCAGAUUGUAGAGUUCCAGUCUUGGAGUUUGGAGAAACAAGACACUGGACUUAUGCAGGCUUUUGACAUCGAACCUUUUGAUAAGAUUGAAUCAUCUUUGAAUUCCUUGGAGGCUUUUUUCCGCAGUGUUAGCGAAGCCUCUGGCGGGGAUAUGUGGUAUGAUGAUAGAAUGCCUUCUCAGCCUUCUGGGAUGGUUCUCACUGAGGUGAAUGCAUCAUCUGAGGAGACUGAUGUUAAUAUGAGACCAUCAUCACCUAAACUGUUUCCUUCUUCCCCUUGUUUGGGAGAUAUCCAUUCCUCUCCAGAGCUGGCAGAGUCAACUAGUAAUGUUGGAAGCCCCAGUUUGCCUACAAUAGAAAGUCACAAAGAUACACGUAAUAAGAUUUCUGAGAUAGAUGUCAAUUCUGAGCCCACUGGUCAUGAGGAUCAUUCAUUCACAAAUCAAGCAAAUGAAACUCCUCCUGCCCAGCAGGCUGGGGUGAAUGAUGUAUUUUGGGAACAAUUUCUCACAGAAACUCCAGGUUCAUCUGAAACUCAAGAAGUUCAGUCAAAAAGACAAGAUGCAGAAACAGAUAGAAGUCUAGGAAAGACGACAGAAAAGGUGAACAUAUGGUGGAACAAGAAGAAUCUCGAUCAUCUUACGGAACAGAUGGGACACCUCACUCCAACUGAGAAAACAUAAUGGCAGAUUUUUUCCCCUGGUAUAUAUACUUCUGGUUGUUUACUAUUAUAGCCUAAUGGUCUUGUGCAAGUUGAAUGGUAAUGUAUUUCCUGAUUCUUCCUUGUAUAUAAGGAGUUUCCUGCUUCCUUCCCCAUAAUCCUUUUCUUUUAACUGUAUUUGUUGUUGUACUAGUAUCAUUGUUCUUUUGUCAAAUUUGUUGGUUCAUAGAUACAUUUAGCCACUUGCAAAGUUUAUUGCCUCAGUUUACCUUGACCUCCUUGUGAUGAAAAGUGUAGUUCAUUUAGAUUCUUGUGUAUUUCCUUAAACAGCUAUUUAUGUUCAUGAUCUGAAUAAGACUGAAUAUGCUGUGGUAUUA